AAAUGCACUCUAAAUGAACUCCCUCGCCUAUCUCUCAUCUUAACGCCACUAUCUCCAUAUCUUCAUCUGCAUCUUCACAAUUAAUAAUUAUUUGUUCUCUCAACCCACUCAAUGUUAUGACAGACUACCGGUUGCCUCCCGCCGUCAAUCUCUGGACCGACGAUAACGGUUCCGUUAUGGAAGCUUUCAUGACCUCUGAUUUAACCGGUCUUUGGCCUCCUUCUCAAUCUUCUGCAUCCACACCUACCCCUUCCAAAACUCAUCUCCCUUCGUCUUCACAGCCCUUCAAUCAAGACACCCUCCAGCAACGCCUUCAGCAAUUGAUCGAAGGCGCUCGGGAGAGCUGGACGUAUGCCAUCUUUUGGCAAUCCUCUUGCGAUUACUCCGGCGCCUCUCUUUUGGGCUGGGGUGAUGGCUACUAUAAAGGCGAAGGGGAAAAAGGCAAAGCCAAAAUCAAAGCUUCAUCCGCUGUUGAACAGGAGCACCGUAAAAAGGUGCUCCGCGAGCUCAACUCCUUGAUUUCGGGAUCAACGGCCACCACCGACGAUUCCGUUGAUGAAGAAGUUACCGAUACGGAAUGGUUCUUUUUGAUUUCUAUGACUCAAUCGUUUUUCGUUAAUGGAGGCGGGCUACCCGGCCAAGCGUUUUUCAGCGGCAGCCCGGUUUGGGUUUGCGGGCCGGAACGGCUUUUGAAUUCGGGCUGCGAACGGGCCAGACAAGGACAGAUGUUCGGGUUACAGACGAUGGUUUGUAUACCCUUAGCAAAUGGGGUUGUUGAACUGGGUUCCACUGAGGUGAUUGUGCAGAACUCGGAUCUGAUGAACAAGGUUCGAUUUUUGUUUAAUUUUAAUGGUGGAUAUGGUUUCUUGGCCCUCUUCCUGCCAAAUCCAGAUCAAGGUGAGAAUGAUCCUUCGUCCUGGAUUAAUGAUCCCACGUCCACUGUGUUUGAUAUCAAAGACUCUGCCGGAGUAGGAGCACCGGCGAUUGGUUCCGGGUCGGGUUCUGUUGCUAAUAAUAACCCGCAGAUUUCCAAGGGAAUUCAGUUUGAGAAUCCUACUUCAACUUCUUUAACUGAAAGCCCAAGUGGAAUUUCUUUACAGCAACAGCAAAUUCAGCAGUCGCAGACGUUUUUCUCAAAAGAACUGAAUUUCUCUGAAUAUGCAUAUGAUAACAGAAAUGGGAAUUCUCAUUUGUUGAAGCCGGAAUCAGGGGAGAUAUUGAACUUUUCUGAGAGUAAGAGAAGUGGGAAUAAUUUGUUUUCGAAUAAUUCUCAUUUCGGAGCAGAGGACAGUAAUAAGAAGAAAAGAUCACCUACCUCCCUAGGGAGUAACGACGAAGGGAUGCUUUCGUUUACUUCUGGUGUGAUUUUGCCUUCUUCGGGAGUUGUAAAAUCGAGUGGUGGCGGAGGCGAUUCUGAUCAUUCUGAUCUUGAGGCUUCUGUUGUUAAGGAGGUAGAUAGUAGUAGGAUUGUGGAACCUGAAAAGAAGCCGAGAAAACGGGGGAGAAAGCCUGCAAAUGGAAGAGAAGAGCCACUGAAUCAUGUGGAAGCUGAGCGUCAAAGAAGAGAGAAGCUCAAUCAGAGGUUCUAUGCUUUGAGAGCUGUUGUACCUAAUGUUUCAAAGAUGGAUAAAGCUUCACUUCUUGGUGAUGCAAUUUCUUAUAUUAAUGAACUUAAAAACAAGCUUCAAAAUGCUGAGGCUGAUAAAGAGGAUCUCCAAAACCAAUUGGAAUCAAUGAAGAGAGAGUUUGGUGGGGGUAAAGAAUCUCGUCCAGGUCCUACAACAUCUGAUCAAGACCUCAAAAUGUCAAAUCAUGCAAGUAAAUUGAUUGAUAUGGAUAUUGAAGUGAGGAUUAUUGGAUUGGACGCUAUGAUCAGGAUUCAAUCAAGUAAAAAGAACCACCCUGCAGCUAAGCUAAUGGCAGCCUUGAAAGAGUUGGACUUGGAGGUGCAUCACGCCAGUAUGUCAGUAGUGAAUGAAUUGAUGAUCCAACAAGCCACAGUGAAGAUUGGAAGUCGGUUUUACUCACAAGAGCAGCUCAAGAACAUCCUAGCAGCCAAAGUUGGCGAUAAUCGAUAAGGUUUGGUCAAAGAUGGCGCCAGUAGAACUUCACAUGAUUCCAUUGUUGUUAAUGUUGUAGGGCUCUGGGACAUUUUAAGGCUUCCCGGUAGCGCAUCGCAGGCUCUGUAAUAUAUAGUAUAUUUUGUUGUUCUACCUGUUGUUAAGUAGCUUUUUGUAUAAAUCUAGUUUGCAGGUGCAGAUGAUUUGAAUUAUCUAGGAGCUGAACUAUUGAGUAUUAGGCUUGUGUUUUAAGGAUGAUCAUUAUUUGGCUCUUGUUACCAAUUGAAUAGAGCUCUUUUUCGUGUUGAA